UUUCACGGACCAAUUCCCACUACAAGCCUCUCCAGCACCACACGCCGUGUGCUUAUGUUGGAUAUUCCACUGCGGCUCCGUUAAAUCUGUUGAACGCGUCUUUCAGAAACACGCCGGUCGGUCUUCAGCGCGUCGGAACGCAUUUGCAGCCGCUGCCUUUGUGGGUCGGCUGUGGAUUGACUUAAUGCCUCCUCUAAAAGCCCUCUUCGGGGUUUUAAGUUCAAGAAAACACCCGGACCCUUCGCCGUUUCGCCUUUGACUCUUACAGGAGAAUUAAAUGUUUGUUUUUUGGCACCGGCGGAGCGCCAAAUCUUGCCGGUUGCGGACGAUGUUCAGCGUUUUUGUAUAAAUCACCUUGUCCGUUCUAGUCGGUAAAACUUUACAUCAGAAAACACAGUGGAUAACUUGUUUCCCGAGAUUAUUUUGCGUAUUUUUUUACCUUAGAAAGUGAUGGCGGAGCGGGGGGCAAGGCUGCUCGUGUUUUUCGCAAGUCUCAUCGUUCUCCGGUUCGGCGGUGCGGAUAAAGGUUCUGACAUUCGAAGCUUUACCCCGUUCCGGUUCUCGGUGGAACCCGUCGACAUGCUGGCCGUACGCGGCCUCCCCGCUGUCCUCAACUGCUCGGCAGCUAGCGACGCUCCGGUGAGGGUGGAAUGGAAGAAGGACGGGACGUUUCUGAACCUAGUGGCGGACGACCGGAAGCGGCAGCUAGCAGACGGCUCUUUGCUCAUCAGUACAGUGGUCCACUCCAAACACAAUAAACCUGAUGAGGGGGUGUACCAGUGCGUGGCCACCAUCGACAAUCUGGGCACCAUCAGCAGCCGAACUGCACGACUCACAGUGGCAGGACUUCCGCGGUUCCUCAGUCAGCCGGAGGGCGUGUCCGUGCGCACGGGCGGCACUGAGAUGCUGAGCUGCGAGGUGACGGAGGAGCUCGUCCCGUUCACCCGCUGGGAGAGGGACGGUCGGCCCGUGGAGCUGGACGGGAGGGUCAUACAGCUGCCCGGCGGAGCUCUGGUCAUCAGCAACGCAUCCCAGAGCGACGCCGGACUCUACCGCUGCACCAUAGAUGGUCUGGGACCGGCCAAAAGCACAGAAGAGGCAGAACUACAGGUGUCUGCAGAUUCAGGUGUUGAAGAAAAACUGGAGACUCUCCAGGGCCCCGUUGCCGUGGCAAAGGUUGUCGGGGAGAGCGUGUUGUUGCCGUGCGUCAUGAAGGGAUACCCUGUGCCAGUGAUUCGCUGGACGUUGAACGACCGGCCGAUUGACGAGAGCCGUGAGCGUUUUGCGGUGAUUGGCGGAGGAAGCCUGCGGAUCGUCAACCUGACCGAAGAGGAUGCUGGGAUAUACGUCUGCCAGGCGGACAGCGGCAACAUGACCAGCGAGAUCCAGGCCGAGCUCACGGUGCACGUUCCUCCACGGUUCUUAACGAGACCCUCCAACACUUAUGCCCAGGAGUCCAUGGACAUUAUCUUUGAGUGUGACGUCACCGGCUCACCGCCGCCCACCGUCAAAUGGAUGAAGGAUGGAGACACGGUCAUUCCCAGUGAUUAUUUCAGGAUAGUGAAGCAACAUAACCUGCAAGUUUUGGGUUUAGUAAAAUCAGACGAAGGUUUUUAUCAGUGUUUAGCGGAGAACGACGCCGGGAACGUCCAGGCCAGCGCUCAGCUGGUCAUACUGGAUUUAGACGUUGCCCUUCCUUCUGCUGUCCCUUCACUGACCGAUGCCACUACUGACCAUGUAGCGUCCAGCCCGGCCGAGCGCAACGGCCCAACGCCCUCCGCCCCGCGUGAUGUCGUGGCGUCUCUGGUGUCCACCCGAUUCAUCAAGCUGACGUGGCGACUUCCUGCCGAGCCGCACGGGGAGAACAUCACCUACUCUGUCUUCUACAGUCUGGAAGGCACAAACAGGGAGCGUGUGGAGAACACCAGCGGCCCGGGAGAGAUGCAGGUCACCAUCCAAAACCUCGUCCCCGACACUAAAUACACCUUUCGGGUGGUCGCGUCCAACGCUAACGGCCCGGGCGAGAGUUCCACCCCACUUACGGUGGCCACCCAGCUGGAAGUUCAGGUACCGGGUCCGGCUCCCAAUCUGCAGGUGGUCUCUGUCGGCACUACCUCAGUCGCGCUGAGCUGGGAGAGACCCGUCACUGGAAACGGAGAGAUCCAGACCUACAAACUCUUCUACAGCGAGAAGGGACAAGACUCGGAGCAGGACAUGGACGUCACGGGUCUGUCCUACACCAUGACGGGCCUCAAGAAGUUUACGGAGUACAGUUUUAGGGUGGUGGCGUAUAACAAACACGGCCCCGGCGUCUCCACUGAGGAUGUUGUGGUCCGAACGCUGUCUGACGUGCCGAGCGCCCCUCCGCAGAACCUCACUCUGGAGGUCCUGAACUCCACGAGCAUCACGGUCCGAUGGCAGCCGCCUCCUCCUGGUACCCUGAACGGAGAGCUGACGGGGUAUAAAUUACGCUACAGGAAAGGACUCAGGAGAGCGGACACGAUUGAGAUCUCCACCACACAGCUCUUUCAGCUCAUUGACGGUCUGGAGAAAGGAAAGGUCUACACAGUGCGAGUGUCGGCCACAACCGUGAACGGAACCGGACCGACGACGGAGUGGAUCGCCGCCGAAACCUUCGAGAACGACCUGGACGAGUCUCAGGUUCCAGGAGUCCCGAGUUCUCUUCACGUUCGUCCGCUGGUGAACCGAAUCGUGGUGAGUUGGACUCCUCCGGAAAACCAGGACAUUUUAGUGCGAGGUUAUAAAAUCGGAUACGGAAUCGGCAGCCCUCAUGCCCACACGGUCACGCUGGAUUACAAGCAGCGUUUCUACAGCAUCGAUAACCUCGAUCCCAGUUCCCAUUACGUCAUCAACCUCAAAGCUUUCAACAACAUGGGCGAAGGCAUUCCCAUUUACAACAGCGCCACAACGAGGCCUCAAUCCGACCCCAUAGACCCUGAUAUUGAUUUUUAUGAACUCUUUAAUAACCCGUACACCCCAGCACCCGACCCCACACCCAUGCUGCCCCCGGUGGGCGUUCAGGCCACCGUCCUCAGCCAGGACACCGUCAAAGUCAGCUGGGCCGACAACUCGCUCGCCAAGAACCAGAAGAUCACAGACUCCAGAUAUUACACCAUCCGCUGGAAGACCAACAUCCCCGCCAACACCAAAUAUAAGAUGGCAAACACCACAUCUCUGUUCCAUACAGUAACGGCUCUGAAGCCCAACACGCUUUAUGAGUUCUCGGUUAUGGUGACCAAGAGCCGCAGGAGCAGUACGUGGAGUAUGACGGCCCAGGGGACCACUUUUGAAUCCAUUCCCAGCUCUGCUCCAAAAGAUGUGACGGUGAUCAGUAAAGAGGGAAAUCCACGAAUCAUCAACAUCAACUGGCAACCUCCGACUGAAGCCAAUGGCAAAAUCACAGGGUACAUCAUCUACUACAGCACCGAUGUGAAAGCUGAGGUCCACGAUUGGGUCGUGGAGCCCGUGGUGGGAAACAGACUGACCCAUCAGAUUCAGGGUCUGACGCUGGACACCGCAUAUUACUUCAAGAUCCAGGCCAGAAACUCCAAAGGCAUGGGGCCAAUGUCAGACGCGGUGCAGUUCCGCACCCCGAAAGCUGAACCGUCAGACAAAAUGUCAAGUGAUCAAGGGCUGCAAGUCAAACCCGGUCACCCGACCCUACCGGAGCACGGGAUUGGAUCCAACAUGGAUAAACCAGGCAUCACGGGCAGCCAGGAGAAUCACAUUCUGGUGAUCGUGGUGAUUGUGUCUGUUGGCGUGUUCACUAUCAUCGCUGUGGUCGUGGGGGCCGUCCUGUGCACGCGCCGCUCCAACUCCCACCAGAAAAAGAAACGUGCUGCCUGUAAGUCCAGCACCAGCUCCCACAAGUACAAGAGCUCGUCCAAAGACCUGAAACCUCCUGAUCUCUGGAUCCAUCACGAGCGUCUGGAGCUCAAACCCAUGGACAAAUCACCCGACCCCAACCCGGUCAUGACAGAGACGCCCAUCCCACGAACCGCCCAGGACCCGGCCGCCGAGCCCAGCCACCAGAGACGGGGUCACGAGGUGGAGGAGAGCGUGUCCACUUUGGCCGGUCGGAGGGGAGCGAGACCCAAAAUGAUGAUGCCGUUCGACUCUCAGCCUCCCCAGCCUGUGAUUAGCGCUCACCCAAUCCAUUCCCUCGAUCACCUUCAUCACUAUCAUCAUCACUAUCACCUCCCGCCGCGCGGCUACCUUCAUCACCAGAUCAGCCUGAGAGCGCCCGCCACCCCCAGCUCAUUCUCAGACAGGCCUCCGUCUGCAGAAUCAGUGAGGAAUCAGCCCCCUGCACCUGAACCUCCGGUCGCCCCCAGUCAGCCCAGCACUACAGCUGAGAUCCAGAAGACAGAGGCGGUGAUCAAAGAGGAAGAGCCGCCGAGCAUAAACCCGCCCACGGCCCACGUUCGGCCCACACACCCGCUCAAGAGCUUCGCUGUGCCGGCCGUCACCGUUUCCGCCCAUAACCCGCCCACCUAUGAGACCGCAUUACCCAGCACCCCACUGCUGGCACAACCAGUGCCUGGCGUGAAGACGGCAUCUAUCGGGACAUUAAAUCGAGCUCGAGCUCCAAUGGCAGUAACAGUCCCCAGUGCACCCGACCAAUCAGAAACCAGCAAGAUGCUUGACAUGACGUAUGAGACUGAUGAACUCUCAGAGGAAAUGGCCCACCUGGAGGGUCUGAUGAAGGACCUGAACGCCAUCACCACAGGCUGAACCGCUGCGAUCACACACGGCCGAACCACGUCCUCAGGAACAACCAGGACAUUUGAAUGAACACUGAUCUCAGAUCAGCCUUGAGAAUGACCGAAAACGGAUCGCCGCUUCAUCUUCUCCAUCCUGCAUGGCAGACAAAUCUGUAAAACGACGAAAACUCGAUGCCAUUUUCUCAACUCGGAUGAAUGGUUCUGCACACAAAACGUAUUUUUAAUGUUUAUUUUGGAGGAUUGUAUUCGCGUAUUUCAUAUUUUUAGCCUGUAUGUGUGUUUUCAUUGUGUAUAUGAUCAUUUUAGGGCUUUUAUUUUUUUAGAACGAAACCUCGCGUGCUCAAACAUUGGGCUUCGUUCAUGAAAUGCAAGCAGAGUAAUUGUGUAAAUUAUGCAUAAAACCGUUCUUAUGUAAACUGUCGCAUUCAAAUCAAUGCAAAAAUUUACAUAAUGAACAAUUUACACCAAAAUUAGCAUAAGCUGACAUUUUCUCAGUGUUUAACAAUUACAUAAGAGCAGUUAUGGAACAAUUUACAAACAAUUAUUUCUGCUUGCUCAUGAAUUUUCAUGAAUGUUUCAUGGAUUUUUUUUUU